AUGCCAACAAUAUUUCAUAGAUACAAUGCUCUACUAAAGAAAUAUCCCUUUCGAUCAAAUAUGAUAACGACAAGUAUACUAUUUGGAUUUGGAGAUAUCACAGCACAGCUGUUAUUUAAACACAAAAAGACAGUAAUAAUAACGGAUGAGAAAACAGGAGAAACUCAUGAAGAGAUAGAAACAAGUGAUUAUAAUUUUGCAAGAACAUGCAGAGCAAUGAUUUAUGGAAUGAUGUUUUUUGCACCAAUAAGUGUGCUAUGGCAUGGUAAAACUUUGCCAAAGUUAAAGAAUCCAUUUAUUAAUAUACUUCAAAGAAGAAAAAUGGAACAAAAUGAACAUUCAUAUAAAAAAUUACAUUUUUAUGAUUCUGUUUUUAGGAUGAGUGUUGAUCAAUUGAUAUUUCCUGCAUUAGUUUGGAUACCACUUUAUAAUACGGUAAUGGUUUUAUUAGCACAACAUGAAGAUCCAUUUGGAGUAAUAUAUAAUAAACUAGAAAAUAAUUGGUUUAAUGUUUUAAAAGCAAAUUGGACAGUUUGGCCAGGGUUUCAAUUAGUAAAUCUUUAUUUUGUACCUGUACAUUUGAGGAUCGUUACUGCCAAUAUUUGGGCAACUGGUUGGAAUUGCUUUUUAAGAUUUGUACAUAAUACUGCUGGUCAUGGGAAAGGUAGUGGUCAUAAAAUUGAAGAGUUAGUGGAUAUAGAAGAUGAUGAUCAAGAAAUUACUAUGAUUUAUGAUUGA